UUGCUGUGGGCGAAACCAACUGCGGCGUCGGUGGCGAUGGGAGGGGGGGAGGUGGUGGGAAUGUGGAAUUUCAAUUUAACUCUGAUCUCAAUCAGUUGAUCUAAACGGAUGUUUCAACAGACGAACGUGGGAUUAUUUUCUUCAUGUUGGGGAUAUGACGACAACAAAAAACACUUUUAGAAGAAAAAAAAUUGUUCAGCUGCCGGAACUGCAGAUGCGCUGUGCAUUCGCUAGAGCUCCCGUGUCGCUGUGAGCUCAACUUUUCUGCUCCCAUCCCCCCCUCCUGUGCUACGAGUGAGAUGAGAGGGCCGCGGCCACAACGUUCGCAUCACUGGACGAGCUUUAGCUCCCAACUUACGACGUCUGGAGCAUCAUCACCACCUCCGACUGCCCUUGGCGCUCGCACUCGAUCCGCUGGGAAGUUUUCAGCAAGAGGGCAACCCGAGUCGCACGGAAGAAGAGCGUUAGGCCAGGCACAGAAGAUGUAGAGAGCCCAGCCACUGCCUUGUCAAAGGAGACCACGUAACAAAAACAACUUUUAACGCCCCCCCGGCUCACAGCUCAGCUGACCGGCUCCCAUCGCGGCGUCAACGUUAGCAUGGCCGAGCACGGCACGUGUUCUGCGCAGCGCACGACCGCUGCCAUUCAGCUGACAACGCGAAUACUGCUCGUGGCACUGAUAGGGGCCCCAGCUUGCGCCAGCCUGUGGUCGUCAUCACCGGCCACCGAAGCCACUCCGGACCACGUCCAUCUCACCCACGCAGCCAGAGGAUGAUGCCACGGCCACCACCGCCCACCCACCGGGUCACAUGAGGCCACUGGGUUCACACGCCCCACCCGAGGCGGACGCGCCGUCGCUCGCAGCGAUGCCCUCCCCGACCUCAUUCUUCCACGAAUUCGUGUCGCCCGGCCGCCCGGUGCUCUUCCGCGGCGCCGCGUUGCGCAUGCCGGCGUUCUUGCGCUGGGCGGACGACGACUACCUGCGCGUCCGCUACGGCUCGCUCGAGGUGAGCGUCGAGCUGGGCAAGAAGGAAAACCGCUCGGCGGGCGUCUACAGCAGCAGCCUGGCGUCGUUCCUGCGCUCGUUCGCGCUCGAGGACGUCUACAUGGUGGAGAGUCUUCCCGUGGCAAUGCGCGACGAAGUGUGGCCGCCCUCGUGCCUCGCGUGCGGAGGUCUCCAGCGAGCGCUCGUCGACUCGGUGCUCUGGCUGAGCGGCGGUGGCACCAAAUCGGUGCUCCACUACGACUCGCUCGACAACGUCAUCUGCGUGCUCGCCGGACGCAAGCGCUUCUUCAUGGCUGAUCGCGCGGAGCUGGAGCGCCUUGCGCUCGACCACGCCGACGAGGCGUUCCUCGGGGUCGACGUGGACCGCGUGGAUAUGUACCGAUACCCGGGGCUGCGUCGCAUGCGCUGGUACCGCGCCACGGUCGACGCCGGCGACUGCUUCUUCAUCCCCUACAAGUGGCUCCACCAGGUGAACUCGGACGCGGGCAGGAGCUUGGCGGUGAACUUUUGGUUCGUGCACCUCCACUGGUUCAACCGGACGGACUGCGAGAAGACGCCGCAGCAGCCGACGCCGGCGACCCAAGACGUGCCUCUGAGCGACUACCAGAUGGCGUCCACCUUGGAGCUGUUGAGGUCGCAGGUGCUCGAGGACUUUGAGGGUCGAGACGUGGUCACGCUGGGCGAGAUGAAGGACUGGCUGCGGGGACGAGGCCAGACGAACGGCAGUGGGAUUCUCGCGCGGUUGUUCCAGGCCAGCGACAGGGAUGGGGAUGGCGCCCUCACCAUGGAGGAGCUGUACGCAGCACCGGUUGAGAUGUUCGCCUCUCUGCUGGGCGUCACCGGUGAUGCGAAGACGGAGGAUGACAAUGUCCCUUCGCCUCUGCGGCAGGAAACUCACCCCCAAGCGCAGCAAGCACGCACGUCUGAUGAACUGUGAACACACACACACUUGAACACACACACAUGAACACACACACACGAACACACACACGCACACCACCACGCCGUGUGUGUCAGCGAAUUCAUCUUCUUGGUUCUUUCGGUAAAGUCACGUAGAAGGGAAAUAAUAAAAUAAAAUAAAUUCAACGUAA